GGAGAACAUGGACGCCAUGAAUGGACCUAUGGCCUGACAAAGAAAAGCCGACGCUUAGCGAGUAGCAGUAGAACCACCGACGAGCUGGCAAGUUUCACAACUUCCUUUAUCUUAUUUACUACUGAAAGGGAGAUGCUGGAAAGCCAAUAUAUGAUCAAGGAUGCGGUGCUUGAUCCUGGAAGCUCGCCAUUCUACAAGGCCUAUGGAGUGAACUUUUUGACUACAUGGGAGAGAAGCCAAGAUUGAGACAACUGUUCGAUGAGUUUAUGGAAGUUAGCGGUAAAUUACAGUUUGAGGAUGUGUUCAAGUUGUACGGUGGCUUCAAAGAUUUGAAGGAGUUGAUGGAUGUGGGGGGCGGCAUUGGAACCACUCUUGCAAAGCUAACCUCUACGUAUCCACACGUUCAGGGAUUGAACUUUGAUCUGCCCCAUGUAAUUGAUGCUGCUCCCAAGCUCCCAGGUGUAAAGCAUGUGGCUGGAGAUAUGUUCAGAUCGAUCCCAAAUGCCCAAACAAUUUUAUUGCAGUGUAUACUCCAUAACUGGGAUGAUGAGCAUUGCAAGAAGUUGUUGAGAAAUUGCUGGGAAGCAUUACCACAAGAGGGAAAGGUGAUAAUCGUGGAAAUGGCAAUCUCUGAAGAAUUGGAAAACAAUGUCGAGGCAAAGGACGUUCUAAUGGAAGACUUCUUUAUGAUGCUCCUAACAAAUGGAGGUAAAAAGUGAACACUAGCAGAAUUCAAGGAUCUGGGAAAAGCUGUAGGGUUUACUAAAGUGGACAUCUUCCCAAUGCCUCAUUGGUCAGUUCAUGUUAUAGAGUUUCAUAAGUAAUUAAGAGUACCCAUGUGUGU